CUCCCCCCCGGUAGCUAACACGUGAACCUCCACUCCACUUCUGUCUCUUGUCCUGUGUACGCAAAGGUAGCGGCUGUGGACUUUUCCCAUCCGAGUCGUGUGCGCCGGAACCGGUUCGUGUUCGUGAGCCAACUGUCGCCACCAUGCAUCUAUCAGCCAGACAGCUUGGCUGAUUUUCCUGUUCUUUGAAUUCCCUGGAGGAGGAUACAUCCCCCGAGUGGCUGCGUAAAACCAACGCGCACUGUGCGUCAGAGACGAGCAGAGAUGCAGGUUGAAGGGGGCAAGGUCCGCGCGUGGAGUGCGUGUCUUUUCUUACUUUUCUCAACUCUGACUUUCAGUAUAACUGAGGUUGGAGGCUCCCACCAAAGCAUCCCUCCAUCCGUAGUGAAGCUCUGGGCUUCAGCAUUUGGUGGGGAGAUGAAGUCAAUCUCUGCAAAGUACUCAGGCUCCCAGCUGCUGCAGAAGAAAUACAAGGAGUUCGACAGGGCUGUGCGUGUGGAGGAGAUUGAUGGUCUGCGUCUAGUGAAGAGACUGGCCCAGAACAUGGAGGAGAUGUUUCAUAAGAAAGCCCAGGCAAUGAAGAGACUUGUUGUGGCGGCAGAGGAAGCCCACCUACAGCACGAAGAAGAUCCGGACCUGCAGUACGAGUACUUCAAUGCAGUGCUGAUCAAUGAAGUGGAUGAGGAGGGGAAUCAUGUCGAGCUUGGUGGAGAGUUCAUCCUACAACCCAAUGACCACUUUAACAACCUGUCAGUCAAUCUUAGCCUCAGCGUGGUCCAGGUGCCCACUAACAUGUACAACAAGGACUCCGCCAUCGUUAAUGGAGUGUACUGGUCGGAAGCGUUGAAUAAAGUGUUUGUGGAUAACUUUGAGCGAGACCCAUCACUCAUAUGGCAGUACUUUGGCAGUGCCAAAGGCUUUUUCAGACAGUAUCCAGGGAUCAAAUGGAAACCAGAUGAACACGGGGUCAUUGCUUUUGACUGCCGUAACAGGAAGUGGUACAUCCAGGCUGCUACCUCACCAAAAAAUGUCGUGAUUCUCGUCGAUGUCAGCGGGAGCAUGAAAGGUCUCAGACUGACCAUUGCCAGGCAGACGGUUUCCUCCAUACUGGACACUCUAGGAGACGACGACUUCUUCAACAUCAUCGCUUACAAUGAGGAAUUGCAUUACGUGGAGCCUUGCCUGAAUGGAACGCUGGUCCAAGCUGACGUCGCCAACAAAGAUCAUUUCCGGGAGCACCUUCACAAGCUGUUUGCUAAAGGCAUCGGAAUGUUAGACAUCGCUUUAAGUGAGGCCUUCAAUCUUCUCAGUGAGUUCAACGAGACCGGCAGAGGCAGUGAGUGUAGCCAAGCCAUUAUGUUGGUUACAGAUGGAGCAGUGGAUACCUACGAUGCCAUCUUUGCCAAGUACAACUGGCCAGAAAGGAAGGUCCGCAUAUUCCCUUACCUGAUUGGCCGAGAGUCAGCCUUUGCAGAUAAUCUCAAAUGGAUGGCAUGUGCUAACAAAGGUUACUUCACUCAAAUAUCAACACUGGCAGAUGUCCAAGAGAAUGUGAUGGAGUAUCUCCAUGUGCUGAGUCGUCCCAAGGUGAUUGACAGGGAACAUGAUACGGUUUGGACUGAGGCCUACAUUGAUAGCACCCUCCCUCAAGCACAAAAGCUGGAUGAUGAUCAAGGUCCAGUGCUGAUGACCACUGUGGCAAUGCCUGUGUUCAGCACUAAGAAUGAGACCCGGAACCAUGGCAUUUUAUUAGGGGUGGUAGGAACAGACGUCCCUGUUUCAGAGCUACUCAAGACUAUUCCCAAAUACAAGUUGGGCAUUCACGGCUAUGCCUUUGCGAUCACCAACAACGGCUACAUUCUCACCCACCCAGAUCUGCGGCCACUUUAUGGCGACGGCAAAAAGCGAAGGAAGCCAAACUACAGCAGCGUGGAUUUAUCUGAGGUAGAAUGGGAGGACAAGGACGACACGCUGAGGAACUCCAUGGUCAACAGGAAGAAGGGGACCUUCUCAAUGGAGGUGAAAAGGAGCAUCGACAAAGGGAGGCGUGUACUGGUGCUGCAUAAUGAUUACUACUACACAGAUAUCCAGGGAACUCCUUUCAGCCUUGGAGUAGCACUUUCCAGAGGCCACGGCAAGUUUUUCUUCACAGGGAACGUCACUGUAGAGGAAGGUCUUCACGACUUAGAGCAUCCUGAUGUUGCCCUCGCAGAUGAAUGGACAUACUGCGAUACAGAUGAGCACCCAGAGCACCGCUACCUGACGCAGAUAGACGCAAUCAAACUCUACCUCGGUGGACAUGAGCCCCAACUACAAUGUGAUAAGGAGUUGAUUCAAGAGGUCCUUUUUGACGCUGUGGUUACUGCCCCACUUGAGGCCUAUUGGACCAGCUUGGUGCUCAAUAAGUCUGAGAACUCUGACAAAGGAGUUGAGAUUGCCUAUCUGGGCACAAGGACCGGCCUGUCCAGAAUCAACCUGUUCGUAGUACCUGACAAGCUUACGAGCCAAGACUUCCUGACUGCUGAGGACAAAGAAGGGGUUUUCAAUGCCGAUCACUUCCCCCUGUGGUACAAAAGGGCAGCAGAACAAGUUCCUGGCACCUUUGUCUACUCUCUGCCCUUCAACACAGGAUCCGAAAACAAGAGUGUUGUAUUAGCCAGCACAGCCAUUCAGCUACUGGAUGAGAGGAAAUCACCCAUAGCUGCGGCCGUUGGCAUCCAAAUGAAGCUAGACUUCUUUCAGAGGAAAUUCUGGACAGCCAGCAGACAGUGUGCUGCCCUCGAUGGGAAAUGCUCCAUAAGUUGUGACGAUGAGAACAUAAACUGCUACCUCAUUGACAACAACGGCUUCAUUCUGGUGGCAGAGGACUAUACUCUGACAGGGAACUUUUUCGGGGAAGUCGAGGGAGCUGUAAUGAGUAAGCUCCUGCAGAUGGGCUCUUUCAAGAGGGUGACUCUGUAUGACUACCAGGCGCUGUGCUGGGUGUAUUCAGAAAGUAGUGACAGUGGACACACGCUGCUGGAUCCUUACUUUGCCUUCCUCUCGGCUGUGAAGUGGCUCCUUACAGAGCUUGUCAUAUUUUUGGUCGAGUUCAACUUGUACAGCUGGUGGCAGUCCGACCUCACUGCAAAAGCUCAGAGGAUGGGCCGAACCAUGCAGGUUCCAUGUGACACCGAGUACCCGGCCUUUGUCUCGGAGAGGACCAUUAAAGAAAACACAGGAAACGUCGACUGUGACGGCUGCAUCAAGUACGCCGGAGCAGGGGAGCUUCCUGCCUGCAACGAACCGUGUGAAAGCAUUUGAAUAGUAAGUGUGAGAGCUAUCCAUCCAUCCAUCCAUUUUCUGAGCCGCUUCUCCCCACUAGGGUUGCGGGCGUGCUGGAGCCUAUGCCAGCUAUCAUUGGGCAGGAGGCGGGGUACACCCUGAACUGGUUGCCAGCCAAUCGCAGGGCACAUACAAACAAACAACCAUUCGCACUGACAUUCACACCUACGGGCAAUUUAGAGUUGUCAAUUAACCUACCAUGCAUGUUUUUGCAAACUCCACACAGGCGGCGCUGGGGAUUGAACCCCGUAGCUCAGAACUGUGAGGCGGAUGCUCUAACCAGUCGUCCACCGUGCCGCCGUGUGAGAGCUAAUCCUGAAUAAUGUCCCUAACGGCCCCUCAUAUUGGCUUGUAUGCCGGCUUUGGUCUGUCACGGUCAGUGACUGUUUCAAAGUGUGGUGCAACUGAAGGCUGCUUGCGGUUGGUUGAAAUGGCCACACUAUUAAAUUAGGAGACUAUUCCUGUAGUUAUUAAGUAAUGUUUGGUCUCAGCUGCGAGUUCAAUUCAAUUCCCUUUUAUUUACGGUAUGUACUGGCACAAUAAAAGUAACCAAGACAGUUUUUUUUUUUUUUUUUUCAAAGAGAGUUUUUGGAAGGAAGGAACAUUGAGCCUUGUGGGUGGGACAUGUAAUCAACACGUCAGGGUGAAAGAGAGACGAGAUAGAAAAAUGAAGAUAUGUAACUGGGAAUAUGCAAAUCGAAUCGGUACUGGUCGUAGUAAUAGUUAUGUGAGUUCAAUGCCUUCUACACUGGGUACACGCCACAAUUUAACAUGAUCCAGUACAAGAGCUGUAUCAAAAAGUCUGCCUUGACAAAGACAAUAUUUUUCAAAUAAGAUAUGAAAGGGAAUGUAUGACGCAGUGAACUCCUACAGCUCAAAGACUGAGCAACAUUAUCUUUGAAAGACAAUAUAUUUACAGCUUCUUCUUUUUUCUUUUAUUUUUAAUUAGUGGGUCUCAUUGCCUCUGAUAAAACGUCCUUUGUGACUUCAGUAAAUCAACCGAUAAGAGAGAAAGAAGGGGAGGGAGGGAGAGAGGCAAGAGAUAAAGGGAAAAAAAGAAGACGACAUAAAGAAGAGAUCAUCUGUCUGGCUUCUCUUCUUCAUGAACUUUAUCACAAACUGUUGGCCAGGGUGCUGAGGCGAGCCAGCCCCGACAGUAAGCGGGAGCCAUGACGCUAUGAACAAGUGUGGUUCCCCUUUGUCUCCUUCAGCAUGUUUUAUAUUCGGCAACACUUCAUUGAAGCGCACCUUGGAUUGCGUACAAGAGAAAAGUUGAAGAGGACAAAUUGAUGAGGAUGAUGUGUUGCUCGUCUCUGAGUGUUGAUUGACAUCUGGCAAGUGAGUUUUGAUGUGCAUUCAGUGGAGUCUCUUCUAGGCCAGAGGAGAUUUGUAACGCCAAGCUGUAGACGUAUAUUUCGUCCUUGUGUUCUUUGAACUCCCAAUAUCGAUAUACUGUCUUUCUUGAUCGCUUUGCCUCUGGCUGUGAU